AUGGAAGCCAGGAAGGAGAAAGGGCUGCACGCGGCCCGGCAGCUGCACGCGGGCGCAUCGCUCUUCUCCACACGCAUCGCCCUGCAGAAAGCGGUGGCUCCCAUUACAACGCUGACGCCAACCACGACCCUGAAGGAACACGACGAGACACAUGCCGAAGAAGCAAAGCACAAGCUGACGCGGCUUGCAUGGCACAUUGCGCAGCUGCAGCAGGAAAUGUUGGAUGCGCUUGCACCGAGCAGCGAGGCAGAGAAUGACAACAAAAACGAGGAAGAUGAGGAGCAAGACAAAAACGACAAGGACGAGGAUGAGGAUGACGAUGCUAAUGAAAGUGAUGAGGAUGAGGAUAGGGAUGAGGAUGAGACGGGCGAGAGGAAGAGCAAGAAGGCGAAGCGGCUCACCACGCCGUUUACGGUCAUCGAGGAUGAAGACGCACAGCUCGCUGCCAUGGAGGCAGCAUGCCGGCGACACCACGACAGGUCUUGUUGA